GCGGUGUUCAUAGACCUGGAGCCCACCGUGAUCGAUGAGGUCCGCACCGGCACCUAUCGGCAACUCUUCCACCCUGAGCAGCUCAUCACCGGCAAGGAGGACGCAGCUAAUAACUACGCCCGGGGCCACUGCUCCGUGGGCAAGGAGAUUGUGGAUCUGGUCCUGGAUCGAGUCCGGAAGGUGGCUGAUCUGUGCACAGGCCUGCAGGGCUUCCUCAUCUUCCACAGUUUCGGGGGGGGGCACCGGCUCCGGUUUCACUUCCCUCCUGAUGGAGAGGCUCUCCGUCGACUACGGCAAGAAAUCCAAGCUGGAGUUUUCCGUCUACCCGGCUCCCCAGAUCUCCACCGCGGUGGUUGAGCCGUACAACUCGGUGCUGGUCACCCACUGCACCCUGGAGCACUCCGACUGCGCCUUCAUGGUGGACAACGAGGCCAUUUACGAUGUAUGUCGGCGGAACCUGGACAUCGAGAGACCGACCUACACCAACCUCAACCGCCUCAUCGCGCAGGUGGUGUCGUCCAUCACCGCGUCGCUCCGGUUCGACGGUGCCCUCAAUGUGGACCUGACGGAGUUCCAGACCAACCUGGUCCCCUAUCCCCGCAUUCACUUCCCCCUGGCCACCUUCGCCCCCCUUAUCUCUGCUGAGAAGGCUUACCACGAGCACCUGUCAGUGGCAGAGAUCACCAACUCCUGCUUUGAACCGGCCAACCAGAUGGUGAAGUGCGACCCGCGCCAGGGCAAGUACAUGGCGUGCUGCAUGCUGUACCGAGGGGACGUGGUGCCCAAGGAUGUCAAUGCUGCCAUCGCCACCAUCAAGACCAAGCGCUCCAUCGUGUUUGUGGAUUGGUGCCCGACUGGGUUCAAGGUCGGCAUCAACUACCAGCCCCCGACGGUGGUGCCGGGGGGGGGGGGCGACCUGGCGAAGGUGCAGAGGGCCCUCUGCACGCUGAGCAACACCACCGCCAUUUCCUUGGCUUGGACCCGCCUGAACCUCAAGUUCGACAAGAUGUACGCCAAGCGGGCCUUGGUGCACUGGUACGUGGGGGAGGGCCUGGAGGAAGGGGAAUUCCAGGACGCCCGGGAGGACAUGGCCUCGCUCGAGAAGGAUUACGAAGAGGUGGGGGUCGACUCUUCCACGUUGGACAGGAAGGGCGAGGAGGAAGAAUGAGUUUUAUAAAGUUUAACUGUUUUAACUAUAAUGGACAUUGAUACGAUUAAUUAUAUUUAAGCAAAUAAAGUUAUUUAAAUGAUUGACUGUGCGCAUGUGACUCAAUAAAGAGUUUGAGGAACAAGGGUUUGAGGAACUUGGUGUAAAGAGUGAAGAUGGAAGAGGAUGAACGAAACAAGAAAGUCUCUUCAUCAAACUCCAUGUGGCUGCAGACCACUUCCAAUCAUUUACACACCAUCUUGUUUUUUAAAACAAACUUAACCUAAUUUUCUAAUCAACCUGUUCAGAGAUAUUAUCACCCACCUCUGGAGUAGGUGGGCUUAAAUCUGAACCUCUGGGUUCAGGGGUAGAGACACUACCACGGCACCACAAGAGAGGUGACCUAAAAGAGACCUAAGGGGCAACUUGUUCAC